AUGAAGUUAAUCCUCUCAGCCCAUAAAACAACCAAACAUAACCUUAUUUCUCAUCAUCAAUAUCUUCUUCAUGACCUUUCGGCUUUGGGUUCUCGGAUUUUUCAAGCAUCAUGCUCAGAAGGAGGUCUAAACUCACAGAGAUACCAAGCUAAUUCUCUUAAACAUAGUAUAUUGACAAGCGUUUGUGGUAUGCAAUCCUCAAACAGGUUGAUGAAUGUUAACAAGCAUGCCAAUCGUAUGAAGAAGGUGGAAAUUGAGAUAAUUUCAAGAGAAACCAUCAAGCCAACUUAUCCAACUCCAUAUCAUCUACGAACCUAUAAAUUAUCACUUUUAGACCAAACUAUGUAUGAUGUCUACACGCCUUGGGCCUUGUUUCUUCCUAAUAGUAACGAGGCUAGUAUUAAAGAUGUCGUGUCUAAAAGAGCGAAACAUCUCAAGGAGAAUUUAUCUCGGAUUCUAACUCAGUUCUAUCCUCUUGCCGGAGAACUUAUUAAGAACAGCUUGUACAUUGAUUGUAAUGACAAGGGAGUCUAUUACAUGGAGGCUCGAGUCAACGAGACACUAGAAAACUUUUUGCGUGAUCCAGAUGAUGAAAAAGUAAGAGAGUUGAUCCCGAAAAUAGCUCACACUAUGAACUCUACAAUCAGAAAUUACGUGUUAGGUAUUCAGGUGAAUAUUUUCAGUUGUGGUGGAAUUGUCCUAACUACAAGUUCAUCUCACAAAAUAGUUGACUUCCAUACAUAUAUGAUGUUUAUGAAAGCAUGGGCUGCAGCUGUCAGAGGUUCACCAGAAACAAUUUCGCCAAGUCUUAUGGCAUCCGAAGUAUUUCCAAAUGAUCCUAGCUUAGAAGAUCCAGUUCCUGCCAAUUUAAUGAACAUCAAACUGCUUAGUACCAAAAGAUUCGUGUUUGAUUCAAAAUCAUUGGCUAUCCUCAAAGCCCAACCCGUUGCCUACACCCCAACUCGGAUGGAAGCCACAACAGCUGUGAUUUGGAAGGCAGCUGCAAAAGCAGCAUCCACUUGCAGAUCACCAUACAGUCUACAGUCACCUCAUCUAAUGUUUUCAGUGGUUAAUAUUCGGAAAAGAGCAUCACCUCCGUUGCCUGACAACUCAAUUGGCAAUGUUGUUAGUGGAGGAUAUGCGAUUUGCUUUCCUGGGAACAAACCAAACUUGCCAACGCUGAUGAGUAAAUUAAGAGAAUCAAUAGCAAACGUAAACUCGGGUCAUAUUGACUGCUUAAAAGGUGUUAAGGGACACAAAACAAUGAAAGAUAGAUUGAAUAUGAUCAAACUUGUUAAUGCAGGAGACUGCAUGCUGACUUCCAGUAUGCUGAACAGCGGUAUAUAUGACUUGGAUUUUGGAUGGGGAAAGCCGAUAUGGUUUUAUGUUAUGAAUCCGGGCAUAGUUAGGUUUGUAGCAUUAACUGAUACGAAUGGUGGUGGUGUUGAAGCCAUAGUAACAUUGAGUUUAGAUGAAAUGGAGAAAUUUGAGUGUGAUCCUGAGCUUCUUUCACAUGCUACUGUCAACCCUAGUCCUCUUUUAUAUCUUAACCAUUGA